AUGGCUCGGUCGUCCUUUCGUGUGGGGCUGAUCGCGCUUUUCGCAGCGGCGGCGCUGCUCUUCACAUUUGCUGCUCCCGUGGCGCGUGCCACAGUGGUGAGCCCGUGGGAUACGAUGAAGGACCACGCAUUUUUGGAUAAUCUCGCUAAUGGCGCACGUGCUUCGUUCGCUCUAAGCGCUGAAGAGAGGCGGAACACGCUGAAGGUGAUGCAGGCGUUCGCUGCUGCGCUGCCAUCACUGGGGUGGACUGGAGACGACUUUUGCACUUGGAAUGGCGUGUCGUGCUUCGAUUCUAAUGUGACCUUCGUCGCCGCUGGUACCGCCGCCGCCGGCACACUGCCUGAGAUGCCGGAUGACGUGGACUACUCAAAGGUGAAGAUUGACCAGAUCGACAUCUUCAAUAUGAAGACCGAGGUUACUGGCACGCUGCCGAGCAGCUGGGGUAAGCUGAGUGAAGUGAGGUUGAUCAACCUUGCGUACACGAGUAUCAGCGGCACGCUACCUGCAUCAUGGGCAUCGAUGAGUUCGCUGAAGUCCUUGGCUCUGAGUUCCACCGGUAUAUCCGGCACACUACCGGCUGCCUGGGGCUCGAUGCCGGCCCUUGAAGUCCUCACACUCUCUACAACGCAGAUCACUGGCACUCUUCCUGAGGAAUGGAGUACUAUGCCAAGCGUUCAGCGCAUCCACAUACAACGGGGCAAGCUUUAUGGCCCCUUCCCUGCGUCGUGGGCACAGAUGCCGUCUCUUGAGCGUUUGGCCCUUCAAACCAAUGACUUCUGCGGCUGUUUGCCAGCUUCAUGGUUGAGCUCUACAACGCUUCUGGUAGGCGUCGAUUCAAGGCAUCGCAAAGCUGACUGUGCAACUGCCUCCCCGUGCCCCGAGACCACCACCACGACCACGAUGGAGCCCACCACGACCACCACGACCACGAUGGAGCCCACCACGACCACCACCACCACGACCACGAUGGAGCCCACCACGACCACCACGACCACGAUGGAGCCCACCACGACCACCACGACCACGAUGGAGCCCACCACGACCACCACCACCACGACCACGAUGGAGCCCACCACGACCACCACGACCACGACCACGAUGGAGCCCACCACGACCACGAUGGAGCCCACCACGAGCACCACCACCACGACCACGAUGGAGCCCACCACGAGCACCACGACCACGACCACGAUGGAGCCCGCCCCGAGCACCACCACCACGACCACGAUGGAGCCCACCACGACCACCACCACCACGACCACGAUGGAGCCCGCCCCGACCACCACGACCACGACCACGAUGGAGCCCACCACGACCACGAUGGAGCCCACCACGAGCACCACCACCACGACCACGAUGGAGCCCACCACGAGCACCACGACCACGACCACGAUGGAGCCCGCCCCGAGCACCACCACCACGACCACGAUGGAGCCCACCACGACCACCACCACCACGACCACGAUGGAGCCCGCCCCGACCACCACGACGACGACCACGAUGGAGCCCACCACGACCACGAUGGAGCCCACCACGAGCACCACCACCACGACCACGAUGGAGCCCACCACGAGCACCACGACCACGACCACGAUGGAGCCCGCCACGAGCACCACCACCACGACCACGAUGGAGCCCACCACGACCACCACCACCACGACCACGAUGGAGCCCGCCCCGACCACCACGACCACGACCACGAUGGAGCCCACCACGACCACGAUGGAGCCCGCCCCGAGCACCACCACCACGACCACGAUGGAGCCCGCCUCGAGCAGCUCCAGCCCUGCUACAACUGCUCGCCCUACGUCCUCUCCGUCAGACUGCUACGUGCCGAACUGUGUGUCGUGUGAUCCCAACAACUCUAUACGGUGUAACACGUGCUGCAAGGGAUACACGCUGACAGCGAUUGGGGUGUGUAUAAAGCGCGGUUGUGCGGAUGCUGCCGCCUUACCGGUGGGGACUGUUGGCGCUGCUCUUGUCUCCGCGACUGUGGCGAUGCUGAGCGCCAUGCUAGUUUAA